CCAUUAAAUAAGACUAGUUUUUAUUGUUUGACUUGUGGAACAGAGAAGUGAUCCUAGUGGAAUAUGCUUCACUUUGCAGGAAAAAAAAUGAUUUCAAGGUCCCUGUAUUAGCAUUCUUACUUGUAGAGUAUAGAAAAGCAUGCUUCCUGUUGGUGUAAAAAUGAGUGACCGUUACUUAGAACAAAGAAUUCAUAUCAAACUUUGUGUAAAGCUAAACAAAUCUGCCAGUGAGACACUUGAAAUGUUAAAAGAAAUUUAUGGAGAUGAAGUAAUGUCAAGAGCAAGAGUUUUUGAUUGGCACAAAAGGUUUAAGGAAGGUAGGGAUGAUGUCCAUGAUGAUGCCCGGAGUGGGCGCCCAAUCACUCACAGGACCAAUGAAAAUGUUGAAAAGGUUCGAGAUUUGGUUCGUUCAAAUAGUCAAUUGACUGUGAGAAUGAUGGCUGAAAAAUUGUCUUUAGAUAAAGAGACAGUUAGACUUAUUUUGAAAGAGAAUUUGAAUAUGAGGAAAGUUUCUGGUAAGAUUGUGCCUCGAACAGUUUCAGUAGAUGAUACUGGUGAGGUCGAGCUAAAAUAGAGUGGAACCAAUCUCCUUUGAAAGGAGUUUUCAUGAUUGAUCUUUCAGUGAUUCUUCCUUAUUCUAUUAAAUUUCAUUGCUAUAGAAGCAACUUAAAAUAAGGUGACCGUCUUCAAUCAUUUUCACUAAGUUUUCUUGGUAUAAAAUGUGAAGAAAGUAUAAAUGAAAGGUAAAAGCAGUGAUGAUAUAAUGGAGGUAGCACCCACUGCAGUUAAUCAGUUAAAGAACUAGAUCCCCUCCCUUUUUAAAUGCAUGGGGUGAUUUUUGCUUUAUUGCUAAGGUCUAAUUCAUACAUCUGAAAGGUGAGUAGCUAGUAGUUUAAGGGUGAGCCAGGACUUGUACUGUAUCAUGUAAUCUUUAAAACAAAAGAGUAGGAUGAGUAGAUUGUAUAUGUCUACAGAAAAUGAUUCUGUUGGUAUUGGAGUUGGAGCUUACCUUAUAACAGGACAGUAAUUCAAGUAAACCCUCAAGAAUAGAACACCAUGAAAAGGCUGUUGGGAAAAGGAUGUAGAAAGGGCUUUGACAAAAGCAUGGUUGUGAUUUUAGUUUGAAAUUCAUGCCUUGUCCUAGUCUUGUCCCUUGGUAUAGGAAUGUGAGGUUUAGCUUCUGGAAAGUUUCUCUAAGUUAAUUUAAUCCAAAAUCUGCUACCAUUCAACAAGAAAAUGAAAUUUUAGUGGAAAGGUGAAUGCAGCAUUGACAAUUAACUACCACAACUUAUUGUGGAUGUUAUUGGUACACUAGGGAUUAAAGUUCACAAUUUGUAAACUGGAAGACAGCAACAAGUAACUGAGGUUUCUGAGGAAAGCAUGAUUUUAAACUAAAUCUAGAAAAGUCCUAAAAUCUUCAGAGCUAAUAAAAAGGGAAAUGACAAUGCUGCUGUAAAUGUUGAUGAAGCCAUAAUGACUUCAAGACAACUUUAAUAAAGUAAUAGAGUGGUUAAUUGGUUAGUAAAGAAUGCCAUAUACUUUGCAUAGCUAAGAUUAGUAGAUUGUAAGGUUCUUGAGGUCCAAGACUUAACAAAUUCACUAAUUUCUCUACACUUGAAAAUUUUGGUUGAAUGAAUUCACCAUUCUUGGUAUCAGUGAAGCAGAAAAACUGAUCCUCAAAAUUACAAUAAAUCUUAGAAACUGAAUAGCAGUUUUAUAGCUACUGACAAGUUUGGCAAGGGAAUGGGCAGGAAGAAUAUUCAAUCUCAAUAUUAGUUUUCUAAAAUCAUGUUGGAAUAAGCCCAAAGGACUUAACAAUCAAACAUGUUAUGCUGUGCAUGAAACAGGAAAUAAGAAAUUUGUAUCUUAAGUUUUAGGUAAAGGCUUAUACUGAAAUGCUAGUGAUUCAUGAGACUCAUUACACUAAUGGCAUUAGUCAGUGGCCUCCCUUGAGCUUCACUAAUAGAUAAUCAGAUUACUUAGGGAGUGUUGUAGUAUUAUACUUGGUACACUGGGGAUUAAAGUUCACAAUUUGUAAACUGGAAGACAGCAACAAGUAACUGAGGUUUCUGAGGAAACCAUGAUUUUAAACUAAAUCUAUAAAAGGUAAAGACAAAGCCUACAUUCCAAACAAUACAGUUUUCUUGUUUUGGCCAGCAAGGUUGUGUAAAGAAUAUAAAAGUAAUAGCUGGAUUUCCUAGAAACUGCUGUUUAAAAUUGUCAUUAGUUAAUUCUCAAUAUCUGCAUAUUUAGGGUAUGUCAUUGCUAGAUCCAUCUUCCUGACAGAUGUAAUAUAAUAAUGCUUAAGUUGCAAAAAUGUUGAUGUUUCAUACUUAAAACAGAUUGUUUUUUGUUAUUGUUUUGAAACUAAAAAUCAAGUUCUUUUCUGUCUAUUCUUCUGCCACUCUAACCUCAUGGCCUCCUUAGACUUCUCAUCUCUUUUUCCUAUUAAUCUAGUUACUUAGUUAUUUCCUAAUGCUUUCAUUUAGGCCCUAAGGCACCUGUACUUUGAUAGUCCCUUUGUAUCCCUUCUAUGACCUGCAUUUUUCCAUUACAACUUUAUUUUCUUUGGUAAAGAUCAGGUAAAAGGAAAUGUUCCUCGGCUAUUGCUUAAUACAAACAGACCUACUUAUUGAUCUUAACAGUGCUGUCUCUGUCACUUGUUUCUGUCAGACUUGUGUCACUCAUGUCUUUAUGCAUCUUUAAUAAACUAUUCCCUUUUUUGAUCCAA